AUGGAUGUAUACUUGAAGAUUGACUUCAACCAGUGGUUCAACAUCAUCGGAGGCUACAAAGCUCCCAUCGAUAACGCCGAAAUUCCAAUAGACCCAGAACAUUGGAAUCCGGAAAUGAAGAAAAAGGCUCAGAUCGACUUCAAGGCUCUCAACACACUCCAAUGCGGGCUAACGAAGGAAGAACUGAACCACAUCGGCCCACACAAAAAUGCGAAGGAGUUGUGGGAUAAAUUCAUCGAAUUGCACGAGCGAACCAACGAUGCUAAGGAAGGAGAAUCUGCAAGUAAACUUAAUGCAAGAAUAAAGGACAUUCUCAACAGACUUCACACCAUCAGCCACUAG